CCAACCAAUUUGGCCUGCCGCCGCUUCCUCAUGUUCUCUACUUUUCCUUCCUCCUUCGCAUCAAUGUUUUUAAUGCCUUUAUCCCUCCCCAUUAUCAUUUCCCUAUCAGAUAAAGUCGGUGUAAUUUUUAUAAAUGGGAUUGUGGAUUUUAUUUCGCGGAAUUUUGGUGACAAUUGUGAGAAGAUAAGAGGGGUUCGUGGCCCCUGUCGGAAUCCUAAUUUUAUUCGGCAGCGGCCUGGUGCAAGCAAUGGAGGGGGUGGGGGAGGGAGAGGCGGAGACGGAGAGGCUGAUGGAGGAGGUGGCUGUGCUGGACUUUGACAUGCUUUGCGCUGCUGUGGCGCUUCAGACGCAGGGAGUGAAGGUGGAGAGGAGGAUAGAGAAGGAGGAGGAAGAGAACCGGGGGGAUGAUGAGCUCGGUGGGGUUCAGAGGAUGUGGGAGGGGGACGUGCUCGGAUGCCUUGAAGACCAACGGAUCGCCAUGGAGGCCGUGUGUUGCCCAUGCUGUAGAUUUGGGAAGAAUAUGGGUAGAGCUGGCCUAGGGCCUUGUUUCCUCCAGGGUAUCGUCUAUCUUACCCUAUUAGCUCUUGCUCUGAGCAGCUUUAUUGCUUUUGGCAUAGCUAAGCAGCAUUAUUUCUUGUAUGUGGGGAUCGCAUCUACCAUCUUAGUUUUGCUGUACUCAGGCUAUUUUCGUGCUAGAAUCAGGAAAAUGUUUAAUAUAAGAGGUAGUGGUAGUUCUUUAGAAGACUGCAUCAUUCAUCUUUUGUGCCCCUGUUGCACCCUGUGUCAGGAAUCGAGAACAUUGGAGAUGAACAAUGUCCAAGAUGGCAUCUGGCAUGGUCGCUGCGACACCAUAUGCAUAGGCAAGUAUGGCGAAGGUAGCAAGGAGUUCAACCUUCUCCACAAGUCAUCUCUUAUACCUACAAAGAAUCCAGAGUCAUGUAACAUGGAAAGAGCAUGUGGAGGCAACCUGCCAAUUAUUCAGAGUGAAGACUAGUUGAGGUAAAAAUGAUUGCUUCAGUUUUAAAGAUGGAGCGUGCUUUAAUCUGAGGCUUUCAUUCACUUACCAUUUGACGAGUCAAUUGAGCUCUGAAUUAUGGAAUUAUAAUGGUUUUAUUUCUUGAUUUUAAUGCUUCAAUGUUACUUCAUUGCAUCACCAGUGGUCGUGGGAUUAAUUUAAGAAUCAAUCCAUGUCAAACUUUGAUGAUGUUGGGGUUGAAUUUAGAGUUUUU